AUGGGAAAUACCAAAUCGAAGAAAGUUCAGAAAGAACCCGAUAAAUUCUUCGAGCGUGAAAGAUGGAAGGAGCAGAAAAGAGAAGAAAAGAAGAAGAGGUAUGCUAAUGCGGCAAACAAACGGAUGGCCGUGAAGGAACCCCCGUUAACCCCUACGUCGGCUUUGGUGCCACCAGCACCAGUGAUGGCACCUGCGCCAGCCAAUGUUCGAUCCUAUGAUGACGAAGCUUUAGACCGAAUGAGAUAUCAGCUUCACAACGAUUCAGAUGCCUUUUUACUCAACAACAUUCUUCUGUCCGUCCAGUUUUUUGAAAACUAUGAACGGGAAAUACACCAUAUUAAGAAUAAUCCUAUUAAUGAGCGGGAGCACACUAUGGAUGCAGCAAUGGUGCGUCGACAUAAGCACGUGUUCUUUGCUGAUCGCCUUCAAGAAUGCGUACAGGAACAUGUUAGUUAUCAGAGAGGGAGGGAUCACUCUGAAGCGUUAAUGGCACCAAGACUCUUUAUUAUUUAUGACAAUGUGGAGGCCAGCGAGCCUGGAGACACGUCCGAUUACUGUGCAGUUCUUGACGCACCAUUCUAUAAGUUACGUAUAGAAGAUUGUAAGGAACCAGGAUUUGUAAAGCUGAAGAAAUUAGAGGUUUUAGAAAGCAGUCUUUCGAAAGAAAAUGAAACCAUAAACCAAGAACAAAAUCAUUCCGACGAUAGCAUUUACACCGACUCAGAAAAAGAAUCAAAUGCUUCAGAUGACUCACCUUAUGUUAGUAAAGGAGAAUUACUAUUACAAAACAUUAAAUCGAAAAUUAGUGAGGUUCAAGAAACAAAUAUGCAUAUAAAAGAUGAAAAAAUUAACACACAUUUUUAUUCACAAGAACAAACAGGGAGGAGGCCUAGUGGGCCAAUGAAACAAGUAAGUCUACAAGUUGAAAAAAGUAAUAUAUCUAACUUGGAAGCACUUAGGAAAGUGAUUUCCAGAUUACCAGAGGAUUCAGUCUAUGUAGAUGAUCAAAAUGACACUGAAGAUAUUGCCAGUAAACCACGAAAAUCAAUCUUAAAAAAUGUUAGAAGAGCAAGUGAAACAAAUAAAGAUCUCAAAAAUAAGGCUCGUUUUGGUGAUAACCACGCUGUUUCCAUAGAUAAUAUAGGGGCUGAUGACACUGAAACUUCGGGAUACAGAUCUAAUUCAAGUAGUCGUCACAAUGAAUCAAGUGAAACAGACUCCGACUAUGGUUACUCGACGAUUACGGAAUCUACAACACCCAAAAGAGUAGAACUUAGCUUGCAACCAAAUUGCUCUAUUUCUACUGGCGUGUUGCCAGAAGAAUGCUGGAUUGCUGUAGAUGUACGCACUAUAGACUGGAGUGACGAAGAAGAUGAAACUGCUACAAAGUCAUCAAGACUGUCUAUGUGCAGAAAUUUAUUUGAAACUCAUCAUUAUUUAAGCUCGUUGAGCUUUAUGGGUAAUUUCGUAGAUAACUUUAUUAUAAGUCUAGGCUCAGGGUUAGGAUUUUCACAGGAGGCAAUUAAUAGCGCUUUAACGCAAGGAGCAAGUAUUUAUUGUGAUACUAUUAAACAUGGAUCAAAAGUUAGUUAUGAGGUAUUUCCAGCUCUACUCGCGGCAUGGCCUAAUGCAGCUAAUCAGUGGAUCAUACGUGAACGCAAGAUAAUACAAAAUCCUAGAACGAACUUUAGUUAUCAAUGGCCAACUAGGUAUAUGGUUCGAAAAGCAAUCGGAUUCGGUUGUCUUUUAGUACCAAUUGGGUUUAGACCUAAAAGAGGUGUCAAUCCAGAUCUAAAGUUACAAUGGAAGAUUAUAUUCCCGGCGGCGGAACGUUACUUAGAAAGUUGUUUAGCUCAUUCUCACAUGCGAUGUUACUUAUUUGCCCUGACUUUACAUAAAACUUUUAUGGAAAAUGAAACUUCUAAAAUAGGAAUAGAUGCAAGUCACAUUAAAAACCACUUGUUUUGGCAAUGUGAAGACAAUUAUGCUAAAUGGCCUGAAGAUCGACUGGGUGAAUCUCUGAGAUUAUUUUUACGCAGUUUUUAUGUCCAUUUUGGACAAUCAAGAUUUCCAAAUUAUUUUAUUGAGAGUUGUAAUGACUUUAAAAGUAUUCCUAAGCCGUUACUACUAAAAUUACAAAGAAAAUUAGCAGACAUAUUGGAAUCUCCUGUAAUGCAUGUACUUAAUGCCCUUGAUAAACUUAAAUAUAAUAAAAAAGAAUUUUAUCCAACAUUCAAUGUGCAUAGACUUUACGAAAUAUUGACCUGCAAGAACCCUUUGCAUAUUUUGAACCCACAUAUACCAGAAAGUAUUCCCCAUUACAAUGACAGCUCUGAGAGUGACGAUGAUUAUAUAAAUUUUUGGGAUAAAGCUAAAGCUCAAGAUAAACACUACCAGUGGAAGAAAGAAAGGCAACGCCAACUUAAGGAAAGGCGCAAGGUAAAUGUGAAUAACAAAAAAAGAGGCGGAAACAAAGAAGAGCGGGAAAUAAACAGAAAUAUAAUACUACCGGCUAAAAUGCAGCCAGAACGUAGACGUUUAGUUCUAGAGUUUUUUAUCCCUCAUUUCAUUGCAAUGGCACGAUCCAGCGAGAAAUUUGAAGCAAUUAAACAAGCCGUCAUUUAUUUAGAACAAGUUUAUAGACUUUGCCGACUUUUACUUGAAGAACCUGCUGGAGAUAUGACAGCUAAUGAAUAUUUGGAUGUUAUACGCGAUAAACUAACGGAUUGUCAACGAAAACUAGCAAAACAGGUUGGUUGCAAGUUGCCACCACGUAUGGAGAGCUACUCCGAACGCUCCGUUCAUUCUAACAUGAUUCGGAAACAUCGACCUAAAUAUGAACAUAUCAUCAAUCAAGAUUCGCCAUGUGACGGUUCUGGUAUCCCCCCUUUCACAUUUGUUGAUGUUCACAGUGACAGAACAAAUAAAAGUAAAGAAGUCAGGAAAUUAACGGUUGCCAUGGAUCCAGAAGAAUCUAAAUUGUGA